AGAAGGGGUAAGCCCUGCUUUGUGGGCUUGUACCUUUUCUGUUCCAUAGUACCCAGACGAAACCCUUCUCGCAGUCGUUCCUCCGACUUCACUUAUCACGAUCUCUUCUCGCCGAUUUCCACUCAUACGUUAAUAUAAAUUCACAAUUUAGAUACGUAUACACGCAUCCACAGGCCUCAACUCAUCUCCUUCAGGUAGCUCGUGUGAGGGGAAAAGUAGAGCUUGCUUGGAGGCCAAGAUGGGCACAGAGGUUGAGCAGGCUACUGGCCAUAUUCAGACUACUGUAACAACUCCAUCUGCAGCAUCAACGAGUGGCCCAAAGGUUUCUAUGUUUUCAAGAAAAUCUGGAUUUGUUAUACCCAAAAACAAGUUGUCAGGUUCAUUGGUUCCUGUGUUCCGAGGUGGUAAAAAGGGAGAUAGUGAUGCAGUAAAUUCAGAAGGCACUAAACCAGUUCAAAGAAAAACCAAGUGGGGUCCUGAUCUAACCAUGGAUACUUCUGUUAGGAAAGGAAGAGCAUUGGCAUAUCAGACUCGGGUUGAUCAAAUAACACAACAGCUAAGUUUGGGGAUGUUGGAGACUGAGGACAGUGAGGACUCAUUGUCAGCAUCACAAUUUCAGGAUAGGAAGUCUUUAACUCGUCGGCACAAUAAUGAGAAAUCUGAGUUAUUGGAACUUGAAAGGCGCGAAGCUAUUGGCGAGAUACUAAAGUUAAAUCCAAGCUUUAAGGCUCCUGCAGAUUACAAACCUCUGCUCAAAGAGGCAAAUGUUCCAAUUCCAAUUAAAGAAUAUCCUGGCUACAAUUUUAUCAGUUUAGUGUUUGGCCCUGCAAGUGAUACUCAAAAGCAACUGGAAAAGGAAACAGGAGCAAAAAUACGAUUAUAUGGCACAAGAGCUGAUACAGGAGGAAAGAUUGAAGUCGCUUCUAGUGACGGGAAGGAAACACCUGGUGCCUAUGAUGAGUUGCAUAUUCAUGUAUCAGCUGAUACGUAUGAGAAAGUUGAUGCUGCAGUGUCUUUGAUCGAACUGUUAGUCAACCCAGUUUCAAUGAAUCUGGCACCUGCUUCAGAAACAUUGGCAACUGCUUCUGGUGAUAAUGUUGGUAAAUCUGAUCCUCCGACUGAAGGCGCACCUAGCUCCUACAUGCCACCUGCACAAAUGAACCAUGGAGUGGUAAGACCUGUACCGCCCCUUAUGCAAGGUCACUUUCGACAAUAUCCACAGCCAUGGUUUCCUGCAGGUCCAACUCAGAUUCCAAUACAUCCACGCUCUGCACCAGAUUCUUCUGCACCUUUUCAAAAUAACGUAUCCCUAAUAUAUUCAUCUUCCAGUACCUCGAAUAUGCCUUCACAAUUUGGUCCUCAACCAGUUUUGGCAUCAAGUUUACCUCAAAAUCCUUCUCUCUUUCCUUCAAGACCACAACUACCCCAUGUUUUACAGCCACCAUACACGCAUCAGGCACUCUCUCCUGGUCAGUUUGGCAUUCCAAGAAAUUUUCCCUCGUCAAGCUUACAAUUAACUGCUUUACCUACACCAACAGGGCCUCCCCAAAUGGUGAGACCUGUCUUGUCCCCAUUGCCCCAAUCACCAUUGAGCAGUUCAGCAUCUCAAGGUCAAAACAUGUUGCCAAUGGCUCCAUCAACUGUUCCCUUUCAAAGACAGCCUUUGGCUUCACAUCCCAUUGUUGUGUCUGGAGCUUCACCAGUAAAUAUAUCAGCUGUACCCUUUGCAGUGACAUCUUCAACACCACAUCUUUUGCAACAUGGGAAUUCAAACUCUGUUUCUGGAACUACCCCAAAUUUUGAGACAAUGAAACCCCCUUCUCUUGUUGCACCAAGACCACAGCAACCCAAUUCCAGUAACUUCACUUUUCAGCCUCGGGGCCCUCAAAAUCUAGCCUCUCGGCCGGGUAUUCAACCUGCACUCCAGAUUAUGACACCCCCAAAUGAAACAAUGCGGGCACCUCUAACACCUCAGUCUCCAUUGAUCAGACCAUUAGUAAAUAACUUGAAUCAUCCUGUUCAGGGUUUCCUGAGACCUCAGGUCAGCCAUCCAAUAAGUCAACCAAGACCGGAAAUACCUAUGAACUUUGCCAGAAGUUCAACUGUCCCUGCGUUUCCACUUAGACAUCCAACAUUUCCUUCUCCAGGUGCCAUUUCACCUUCUAUAACCCCUCAAACACCAAGAAAUUUUAGUCCUGCUAAUCCAAUUGUCAAUUCUGUUGGUCCAUUUCCUCCCAGAGCAGGAAACCCAAUCCUCCAUCGCCAAAAUUAUCCGUCUGGAGCAACUCAGCCACAAAGAUUUAAGGCUCCCCCUCAACAUUUUAGUAACGAUCCUGGUCGGCCACCUUUUAGUGCUUCUGGAGUGCAGCAAUCGUAUGAUCCCUUCUCGCCAACUUCAGUUUCUUUCAACCCUCAUAUGGGUAGUGAUACAGCAAAAAUUCAACAGGAGAGUGAUCCAGAAUACGAGGACCUGAUGGCCUCUGUAGGAGUUAAAUGAUUUACAGACAGGUGCACUAGUGUAUAAACUUGCAGAGUUGGUAGUGAAACUGACUAUUUUUUCUGUCGUAUAGAUUAUAUUGCCCUGUCUUAGUAUAUCACACGAGAUAAUGUAUUGAUCUUCGCCUUUUCUACUAAUUGUUGAAUGUAUGUUAACACUCACUAUAUAGUGAAUGAAAGACAGUAAGCCUCGAAAGAAGUGUUCGAUGUUGCAUGUAUGGGCUGCCAUGUAAACAGGCUGCUAUAUGUACGAUGAAGUAGAAUACAUUUCUUAC